AUGGGGUGUGGUAUGGGGUAUGGGAUGGGGUGUGGGAUGCGGUAUGGGAUGGGGUGUGGGAUGGGGUAUGGGAUGGGGUGUGGUAUGGGGUAUGGGAUGGGUUGUGGGAUGCGGUAUGGGAUGGGGUGUGGGAUGGGGUAUGGGAUGGGGUGUGGGAUGGGGUGUGGGAUGGGGUAUGGGAUGGGGUGUGGGAUGGGAUAUGGGAUGGAUUGUGGGAUGGGAUAUGGGAUGGGGGUGUGGGAUGGGGUAUGGGAUGGGAUAUGGGAUGGGGUGUGGGAUAGGGUGUGGGAUAGGGUUUGGGUUGGGUGUCGGAUGGGGUAUGGGAUGGGGUGUGGAAUAAGGUAUGGGAUGGGGUGUGGGAUGGGGUGUGGGAUUUGGUAUGGGAUGGGGUGUGGAAUGGGGUAUAGGAUGGGGUGUGGGAUGGGGUGUGGGAUGGGAUGGGAUGGGGUUUGGGAUGGGGUACGGGACGAGGUAUGGGAUGGGGCAUGGGAUGGGGUGUGGGAUGGGGUGACUCAUGGAAUGGGCGGGAUGGGGUAUGGGAUGGGGUGGGAGGUAGCUGAGACGGGAGAAGCAUCGCCACUAACACCAUCAGCACGGGUUCUGGCAUCAGCAGCAGGAGCAGUCACAGUGGGAGCUGCAGAACUAGCAGAGGUAGGCCAAGCUGCACGUCCUGCUUGGUGUAGCAUGGUCAGUCUCUCCCAAGUCGCCCUGCUCUCAUCUGCAUUCACCAUCCAACAGCAUGGGCUUGCUCACUUGCACCGCUUCUACAUGCACGUGCACCCUCAUGAGCGGCCAGUCCAUACUAUGCCGCAUGCUUCCUGCUGCGCUACUCCAUGCUACAUUCUCCCUACUGUGCUGCUCCCUGCUGCAUCCUCCCUGCUGUGCUGCUCUCUGCUACAUCCUCCCUGCUGUGCUACUCUCUGCUACAUCCUCCCUGCUGUGCUACUCUCUGCUGCAUCCUCUCUGCUGUGCUACUCUCUGCUGCAUCCUCUCCUCCCCUUCCAUGCUGCUACUCCUCUCCUCCCUUCCUUGCUGCUACUCCUCUCAUCCCUUCCCUGCUGCUACUCCUCUCCUCCCUUCCCUGCUGCUGCUCCUCUCCUCCCUUCCCUGCUGCUACUCCUCUCCUCCCUUCCCUGCUGCUGCUCCUCUCCUCCCUUCUCUGCUGCUGCUCUUCUCCACCCUUCCCUGCUGCUGCUCCUCUCCUCCCUUCCCUGCUGCUACACCUCUCCUCCCUUCCUUGAUGAUGCUCCUCUCCUCCCUUCCCUGCUGCUGCUCCUCUCCUCCCUUCCCUGCUGCUACACCUCUCCUCCCGUCCUUGAUGGUGCUCCUCUCCUCCCUUCCCUGCUGCUGCUCCUCUCCUCCCUUCUCUGCGGCUACUCCACUCCUCCCUUCCCUGCUGCUGCUCCUCUCCUCCCUUCCCUGAUGCUUCUCCUUUCCUCCCUUCCCUGCUGCUGCUCCUCUCCUCCCUUCCUUGCUGCUACUCCUCUCCUCCCUUCACUGCUGCUACUCCUCUCCUCCCUUCAUUGA